AACUCGUUAUUUUCGUCAGCCGCCACAAGCCCACGACAACCUUCUUGUUCUGUUCUGUUCUGCUUUAUCAUCAAUGGCUUCCUCUAUUGUUGCUCCAUCGUCCACAUCCUUCAAUGGAUUCCCCAUCAAGAAGGAUCUGGGUCUCUCUGCUUUCUGUUCCAGUUCUUCUCAGCGAUGCCAGAAACCGGUUUCUAGGAGAAUGUGUUGUUCAGUUGCGGCACCGCAGCAAUCGCAGCGCCAGCCUUCUACCACUGGAUCAGUGAAGACCGCCAUGACCAUGACUGAGAAGAUAUUUGCUAGAGCUUCUGAGAAGGCCCAGUUGAGCCCUGGGGAUAAUGUUUGGGUUAAUGUUGAUGUUUUGAUGACACAUGAUGUGUGUGGCCCUGGUUCUAUUGGGAUUUUCAAGAGGGAGUUUGGUGAGGAUGCCAAGGUUUGGGACCGUGAAAAGGUUGUAAUAAUACCUGACCACUAUAUAUUCACAAGUGAUGAACGUGCCAAUCGCAAUGUAGACAUAUUAAGAGAUUUCUGCCACGAGCAGAAUAUCAAAUACUUUUAUGAUAUCAAGGAUCUUAGCAAUUUUAAGGCAAAUCCAGACUACAAAGGUGUUUGCCAUGUUGCUCUUGCUCAGGAAGGUCAUUGUAGGCCUGGAGAGGUUCUUUUAGGUACUGAUUCUCACACCUGUACUGCUGGAGCAUUUGGUCAAUUUGCUACAGGGAUUGGUAAUACCGAUGCUGGUUUUGUGUUGGGAGCCGGUAAGCUUCUGCUCAAGGUGCCUCCAACUCUGAGAUUUGUAAUGGAUGGAGAAAUGCCCAAUUAUUUGCUUGCAAAGGAUUUGAUUUUGCAAAUUAUUGGUGAAAUAACUAUGGCUGGUGCAACAUAUAAAUCUAUGGAGUUUGUUGGCUCAACUGUUGAGAGUUUAAGUAUGGAAGAGCGGAUGACAUUGUGCAACAUGGUUGUUGAAGCUGGGGGAAAGAAUGGUGUUGUUCCUGCUGAUAGCACUACAUAUAAAUAUCUUGAGGGUAAGACAUCUGUGGCAUAUGAACCAGUUUAUAGUGACCAGCAAGCAAGAUUUCUUUCUGAAUAUAGAUUUGAUGUCUCAAAAUUGGAGCCUCUGGUGGCCAAGCCUCAUUCUCCAGAUAACCGUGCUUUGGCAAGAGAGUGCAAGGAUGUGAAAAUUGACAGAGUAUAUAUAGGAUCUUGUACAGGUGGAAAAACGGAGGAUUUCAUGGCUGCAGCAAAAGUUUUUCUAGCAUCAGGUAAAAAGGUCAAAGUUCCCACAUUUCUUGUGCCUGCAACACAGAAGGUAUGGAUGGACGUAUAUAGCAUCCCAGUCCCUGGAUCUGGUGGUAAGACUUGCUCACAGAUAUUUGAAGAAGCUGGGUGUGACACACCUGCUAGUCCUAGUUGUGGUGCUUGUUUGGGUGGCCCUAAAGAUACUUACGCACGCUUGAAUGAACCUCAGGUUUGUGUUUCAACUACAAAUAGGAACUUCCCUGGCCGAAUGGGGCACAAGGAAGGUCAAAUAUAUUUGGCUUCCCCAUAUACAGCUGCAGCAUCUGCAUUGACUGGUCAUGUUACUGAUCCAAGAGAGUUCUUGCACUAGGGUGUUAUUUCAAUAACCCCAUUGUAUCAUAUAUAUGCAUUGGUUAGUUUUGUAUUCUCUAGCCAUAAGUUAAAACUGUAUGUUAUUAAAGUUGACCAAAUGUAUCUGUAAUUUUGUUUCAUGGAUAAAUUCUAUGUGACUGUUAAUGAAUUGGUGCUCACUGUGAAUAAAACCUUAUUCACUGUCUUGUAUUAAAUCUUACUGCAGUAAGACAA